UCGCCGCCGCCCGCCCGCCCGCCCGCCCGCCGACCCCCCCCGCGCGACCGCGGGACUCCCGCACGUCCCGGCCCGCGUGGCGCCCCGCGCCGGCAUGGAGCUGUCAGCGCUGCUGCGGGACGAGGAGGGCAGCUUCCCGCUCGGCGGCUUCCAGGAGUUCACGCUCCUGCCCGGGCACCAGCAGCUCAGCGCCCGCGUGCGCCGGCGCCUCUACUACGGCUGGGACGCGGACCGCGGCCUGGACACGCUCUCCAGCCCCGUGGCAGAUAUCGCCGUGGAGCUGCUCCAGAAAGUGGCCCCCAGCCCCAUCCGCCGGCUCCAGAAGAAAUACGUCUCUCACGUGUCCCGGGAGGCCUGCAUCUCGCCCUGCUCCAUGAUGCUGGCCCUGGUUUACAUCGAGCGCCUGCGGCACCGCAACCCCGAGUACCUGCAGCAGAUCUCAUCCUCCGAUCUCUUUCUCAUCUCCAUGAUGGUGGCCAGCAAGUACCUGUACGACGAGGGCGAGGAGGAGGAGGUUUUCAACGACGAGUGGGGCGCGGCUGGGCACGUGGACGUGCGCACCAUGAACACACUGGAGAUGAACUUCCUGCGCGCCAUCGACUGGAGCCUUUACACAAACCCCAAGGAGCUGUUUGAGGUGCUGAGCUGGCUGGAAGGGCGGGUGGCGGAGAAGCAGGGCACGCAGCGCGGCUGGUUCACCUACACGGACCUGUGCGUGCUGCUGGAGCAGGACCUGUGGCAGCAGGCGCUGGGCCACGUCUCCCAGCACCUGGUGAAGGUGGCCUGCAUGCUGGCUGUCGUCUAUUUGACCGGCGUGGCCGCCGUCUUCGCUUCGGUGGCCGCCGUGCACCAGGCCGUGGCCCUGCGAGGCACCAGCCCUGCCGCCUUCCCUGUUCCUGGGCCCAGCCUUGCCUCCGCGCCCCGCGACCCCCUCCCGGCUUGCGCAGGGGAGAACGGGACGGCGGAGGAGGACCCGUGCCCGCCCGGCCCUGGCAUCCCGGCCCCUGCCCCGUCCCUGUGGGGCAGCACUGUGCUCGCCCUGCCCGCUGACCUUGCCCCCGCGCCACCUCCCCUGCCGACCCAUUGCUGCACCUGCGCCCGAGCCAACCGCACAGCCCCACCAGCCUGGCCCGACCCAGCCCCUGCGCCCCACUGCCACGCCUGCCCCCCCUGCCCCCCUUGGGCCUGGGCCUGGCCCCCCGCGCUCGCCCCGCCGGCCUGGCCGGGGCCCCUGGUGCUGCCCCAGUGCUCCCUGGAGGCCACCGCAGGGCUGGGCAGGAUCAAGAGCUUCAUCUUGCCCAGCUAGGGCUGCCAGCAGCCCCCCCACCAGCUCCUGGGGCUUGACUGCCUCCAGCCUGCCUGGGCUCCGGCCUCAGUUUCCCCCGUCUCCUUGGGGCUUCCCCUUUGCGGGGGAUCUGGGGCUCCGGGCCUGCCAGGCUACGGCCUCUCGCUGCCCGGCCGCUGCCCCCCCCAGCACAGGGGUCUGGGCUCCCUGCCAGGCGGGGCAGUGGGGGGUGCUGGGGGCACCAGCCUGGGGGUGGGGGCAGGGCUGGCUUGGGGGGCAGCGGCUAGCUCCCCUCCCCCCCACAGUUUUUACUCUGGGUUUUGCACUGGGUUUUCGCCUGCUGGUGAUUAAAGCAGCCCUGGCCAA